AAUUAGUUGACCAUAAGAUAAGUAACGGAGAAAAUUGAAAGCAAGGAGUAGAUUAACGUCAAGCAGAUCAUGCAAAAAGUCAGAGAAUUUUGGUAAUUAAAAGACACUGCAUUUUUGACAACAUUGUAUCGAUUUUUCUCUGAAAAAUUCGAGGUCGAAAAUCCAAAAUGCAUCACGGACAUGGACUUAUCGCCUCGGUAUUAGGCCCGGUGUGUGAACGACGAUCGGAGGAAAAUCUCGGGGACGACGAUAAUGCGAAUAACGCAGUUACCCAUACCGGGGAUAAAAGCGUACCAGCUCAGCAAGACUUCCAGCGGCAACAGAGCGGGGCAGCACAACAACAGGCUGGCGGCGCGCCCGUGCAUUUGAGCACAGCAUCGACCAGCUAUGCUUCACAGAGUAGUACCAGCCACAAUCCGUCAUCGUCGACGUCUUCCAGGACGCAGGUAGGAGGAAGCUCGUCCUCAAGUAGCGGGAAGCACCCUGGGGGACCUAAGCCAAUAAAAGGGGAGCUCACAUCCUACGCUUUUUUCGCGAAGUAUACGUACACGACAGAGUGCGCUUUGUUGGCGUACAACUUUCACGAAAUCGUCAACCAACUUGGAAUAUUCGACUUUUUCAGCUACAAGCACGACCACCGGCUCGUCUCGGUUACGCUAGCUUACCUCUUCUACAAGUACCUUUUCUUCACUUCAUCACUACAGAUCAUAGGAAGCAGUGAGGAUGAAUUGUACAUGCAUCUACUCUUGCAGUGGAAGUUUUUUUGAAUAAAGCAGUGAUUCAUUGACAUAGAUGUGAAGAUGAGUCGUGAAUGUGAAGCCGCUCCAGUUGCAAGUAUCCGUUGAGUGCAUCCUUCAAAUAUGCAGGUACCAGAUACACCACUGCGACAUGGCCUUGGACUUAGCGCUGACCCUUUGCUAUCUGGAGGAUCUCACGGCAACAGAGCUACUCGAAAAUUUUCAGGACGGAGACGCAUUUAACGUGAUAUGUUACCUCGCCUUUCUUGCGCAUGUCUUCAAUGCGGAUCGCACUAUUCGGUUGAAAGAUUUUAUGAGAAGGAGUGAGUAAGUUCUACGCCACUACAUAACAUGAAAAUCACUCCGUGCCCGUCCAUUACUUACACGGACGUAGUCACACUUUUUCCCCUUCAUAAUGUGGUAUUCCGAGAUCGGGUGGAGGCAUUUUCCGACUGUGAAGAAGCUAAACGCAUUCGUCUUUUUCCUUUUUUCCAAGGUUCGAAAGUUCAGGCUGCAGGUGAGCGAGAGCCGUGUGAAGAAGUACAUUCAAAAACUCUGCUCUGUUCCUGUAAAGCAACCAGGAGGUGCACAGCAGGGGGGCGCGCCGUAGAAAUGGUAUUCUAUCAGGUUCGAGAAGCAACACUCAUCAUCAACUUUGCAACGUAAGUAUUUCCAUGUCGCAUAUUCAACAUGUCGCAGGUUCCAUCAUUUUCGCAAGAAGUUGUAAAUUUGAUAGUUUUUAGAUAUGGAUCUAGUUCUUGGUCUUGGAGAAGAACUGAGAACGAGAAGACCAUUUUGAUUGUUCGCAUGCUAAUGUCAGGGUAUAAAGCAAUUGCGCAGACAUGUUUUGAACUGGAUAGUUUGAAGGUGCAACGUAGCCUUUCCAUCCUCUUGCAUAGUUUUGAAUCAACAAAUUCUUGUUUGGUGCUGUGCCACGGGGAAACUUUCAGUAUCAGCAAAGUACUUAGAACAACAUGAUGAACAGUGCUCUAGCUCUUGACGGUACC